ACAGAAAGAGCCUGACUGGGGUGUGUGAGCCACAUCUGGAAUAGUAGCUAUAGAGGAAGAGUCCACGGAGCAGACUUCAGUGAUAGUUGCCCAACUCUUCACUUCAACACUAAUUUUUCACGGGACAAAUCUCUCGUCUUACCUUUUUAUCUACUUGAAAAUGCUGCUCAUCCUUCUUGGGGUGCUGAUUUUGCACCUUAUCAUCCUCGUCCUCCUCUUUGUGUCAACAGCGGCCAAUGCCUGGACUGUAGGUGGGAGUAGCAGCACAGAUCUGUGGUACAAUUGCCUCACAACUAAUGGAGGCUACCACUGCAGACCAGCCAGCAAUGAAGACUGGAUCCAGGCAGUGCAAGCCCUCAUGGUCCUGUCUGUGCUCUUCUGCUUCUUCUCCCUCAUUGCCUUUGUGUAUCAGCUGUUCAGACUGGUCAAGGGUGGACGCUUCUUCUUCACCGCCAUCUUCCAGAUUUUGGCCAGUCUGUUUGUGAUGUGUGGGGCGAUCAUCUACACUGUGAUGGGUCCACAGGGGGACUCAAGUGCAUCUUAUGGCUAUGCCUACGUGUUGGCCUGGGUGGCUUUCCCUCUCUGUCUCAUCAGUGGGCUCAUUUAUAUCGUCCUGAGGAAGAGAGAAUGAGGGUGAGGAAGACCAGGAGGGGUAGUUUGGAUACCCCUCACCACAACGCCGCACUGUGCCUACUGCCCACAGACCAUAGACUGACAUCCCAACAGCGCAACAAAAGUGCAUGUGUCACUUGAGCAGCCUUAAACACCAAAUGGAGACACCCAUCACUGCUGGAGACACUGUUUUUGCUCUGUUUCAGUGUCACUUUUGUCACCAUCAUGACAAAAAUAAUAGAUUCAUUUUGCAUGCCGGCUGUCAAAACAGGGAAAUGUAGGGAAAUCAUGAAUGAUCUGACAGCAUAGUUUGCAUAAUCAAACACUAGACAUUUUCCUAGUGGUGACAGGGUGAUGUCAAUCUAGAAAAUGCAGGUGACAUAUUGACUUUUGUUGCAUACUGGUACUAUACUUUCACGAAUCCAUCAUGUGUGAUAUCAAAGACAAGAAAUCCUGCCUUGUUUCAGUCCAAAGAUGUACAUAGUGUCUGUGGUUUUUAGACAUAUUUAUAACAUUUUUACAUACCAUUUGUACAUAGUGUUGUCAAGUUAUGUUGUCAUGCUCAUUUACGUGAUAGAGCUUGUGUCUUUCACGAUUCAUACAGCUGUGCCAAAGAAAUAUCGCUUCAACAUCCCAAAUAUCAAGCCUUGUAAUUGUUUUCAUCAAUUUUGACUGUCCAAUGCUUCAGACAAUGUGCCUUAACCUGGAAUAUCUGUGUCUUUUGAAGGAAAUGAGAAAAUCCUCUGAAUUCAGCAAAUAGGAAGUGUUAAUAAACAAAAUGAAGUUAUUCUGAAUUGUCGUUGUACUUGAUAUGGCAAAUAGAAAUUGUUUUGCAUUUUCUACUCUAGUUUUGAGAAAUGGUGCUUUUUUAAAAACUUGUAUUCUUGAAAUGUAUAGCCUACUUUGUGUUGCCAUAACAUUGUUAGCAAAUGUCUUGUGUCCUGUGAUCAGUUUGCUUUGUACAAACCCAAGUUUGUUUUUUUCUUUUGUCAAUAUUCUUCUAAAUAAACCAUUGAAAGAAA